AUGUCUCCGCCGCCGUCAGACCGGGAUGAAGAGUCCUUGCAAGAUGCUUCGACCAAGUUGGUCAAGAACAGCGCAUACUUCAGCCGCUACCAGGUGAAGUACAAGCGCCGCCGAGAGGGUAAAACCGACUACUACGCCCGCCGCCGCCUCACGUCCCAGGCCAAGAACAAGUACAACGCACCAAAGUACCGCCUCGUCGUCCGAUUCACCAAGCGCGACAUCAUCUGCCAGAUCGUCACCUCUGAGAUCACCGGCGACAAGGUCUUCUGCGCCGCCUACGGACACGAGCUCAAGCGUUAUGGUGUCACCCACGGCAUCACCAACUGGGCGGCCGCCUACUGCGUCGGGCUCCUGAUCGCUCGCCGCGCCCUCACCAAGCUCAAGCUCGACGACACCUUUGAGGGUGUGGAGGAAGCCGAUGGAGAGUACACCAUGACCGAGGCGGCUGAAGUAGAUGGCGAGACCCGUCGUCCGUUCAAGGUGUUCCUCGAUGUCGGCCUCGUCAAGACCAGCACCGGUGCCCGUGUCUUCGGCGCCAUGAAGGGUGCCUCCGACGGCGGUCUCUACGUCCCACACUCCGAGAAGCGCUUCCCCGGCUACGACAUCGAGACGAAGGAGCUGGAUGCCGAGACCCUGCGCAAGUACAUCUUCGGCGGCCACGUUGCGGAGUACAUGGAGACGCUUGCCGACGACGACGAGGAGCGCUACAAGAGUCAGUUCCAGGGCUACAUCGACGACGAGAUCGAGGCGGAUGGGCUUGAGGAGCUCUACGCUGAUGCGCACAAGCAAAUCCGCGAGGACCCGUGGAAGAAGGAUGAGGAUGAGGGCGAGAAGAAGUCGAAGGAGUACUGGAAGGAGGAGAGCAAGAAGUACCGCAGCAAGAAGCUCACCAAGGAGGAGAGGGAUGCUCGCAUCCAGGAGAAGAUCAAGUCGCUUGCCGAUGAGGUUUAA